AUGGACUAUGACAUAGCUCUAAAAUGGGAUACACUUGAGGAACCUGCUACCAAUGCUAUUGCAUAUGUCAAAAGGAGAUAUGAAAAAUGGGAAAAGGCUAACAAGAUGGAUAUACUGAUUAUGCUGAGACCCAUGACACCUUUCUUAAGAGGUAGCAUUCCAAGAUCAGAAAAUGCAAAAGAAUUCCUCGCUGCUAUUGGUCUAAAAUUCAAAGAAUCUGAGAAAGGAGAGAAAAGUACCUUGUUGAACAAAUUAACUGAGAUGAAGUAUGAUGGGCGAGGUUGUGUGAGAGCUCACAUAAUGAACAUGGCAGACGUUGCACACAAAUUGAAGGAACUGAACAUGACUAUAGAUAAGGACAUGAUGGUGCAUUUUGCCUUGAACUUACUGUCAAAGGAGUUCAAAACUCUCAAGAGUUCAUAUGUGGCUCAGAAGGAAAGUUGGACGCUGGAUGAUCUUAUAACCUGUCACAUCCCAACCCUCGGAUUUACAAAACCUUGGGUUACGAUGUGA